AUGUCGAAGCCUGGAAGGAGCGACUGCUGCGGUGCAGAAACGUGCGCAUCACGCUCGCUUGGCCUCGCGUUUUGCUCGGCGACCGGGCCAGGGCCAGUGCCAAAUGCCCAGUUCAAUGGGCGACGUCUUGGGCCGGAGGGAUUCGUGUCUUACUCAUUCUGCCUGCGGAUUCCUCAGAAACCGCAGCAGAAGUGGGUCUCGUUACGAGAGAAUGCGAGACGAACCAAGAGACGGACCAGGGCUCCAUCGAGGUUCACCGCCGCCGCCGGCUGCGCGUAA